GCUCGAACUUCAUCAAGUUGGCAGCCUACAUAUGCGCGUUUCUAUCCCUACAAUCCCACAUGUCCUGAACAGCGCGAACAAACCGACCAUCUCUCCUGCUGAAGCCGCCGAACGCAUCGCCCAGUUUCUCGCGUCCGGAAAUGUCACCCUCUUGACGGGAGCCGGAGUCAGUGUCGACUCCGGGAUCAAGGCAUACCGUGGCCAGGAUGGUAGAUACAUGAAUCCUAACUACAAGCCCAUCUUUUAUCAUGAACUCAUAGAGGAGAGUGACAAAGGUUUUGCAUUUCGGCAGCGAUAUUGGUUGCGCUCGUACCUCGGAUACCCACCCGUGCGCGACGCGCUACCCAAUACCACCCAUUAUGCGAUCGCUGCGCUCCAGUACACCAACCACAUCUCUCAGCUCAUCACUCAGAACGUAGACGGCCUCCACUUCAAGGCAAUAUCGCGGCUAUGGACCGAGUCCCGCAUCAAAGAACACAUUUUAGAGCUGCAUGGCACGCUCCACCGCGUCCAUUGCAAAUUUGGCCAUGUCACGGAAAGAGACGAGUUUCAAGAUAGAUUAUCCAACAGUAAUCCAACAUGGAAAGAGUUCGUAGACAAUCUAGAACGUACCGGGAACAAGCCGAAGACCAACCCUGAUGGUGAUGUUGAACUAGAAGGCGUAUCCUACUCUGACUAUGUGGUACCUGAAUGUCCGGACUGUAUGCUUGAGGGACGUCGUAACUCCAUCCAAAAACCUGAAGUCAUUUUCUUUGGAGAGUCGAUACCAACAUUUGUGAAGAAUCGGUCAUUUAGCGAUGUUGAGAAGACCGAUAAACUUUUCUUGAUGGGCACGACCCUGGCUACUUAUUCUGCAUAUAGGCUAGUUAAGCGCGCUCUUGAGUUGCGCAAGCCGGUUCUCAUGUUGAACGUUGGUCCCACGCGCGCUGAUGAUCUCCCUGGCGUCGAAAAAAUCGAGAUAGCAAGCGGACUCGUCAUGCGGGAUGUAGUAAAGAAUGUCCUUGGUUUCCGAGCAAUAGAGGAUCCCAACAUCAAUUACCUACUUAGAUCAGGCGUUUCUCUGCCGCCAACCAAUUAGCUUAUGUAUUGCUUUUUCAAGGGCGAGCGGCGCACCCGCCAGUUAAAUACUAUCACUAGUUGGCGGGAAAUUACAAACAGCCGGUAUGUAGUUCGUAGUAAUUGUUGAUAAAUGAGAGGACGAUAUCCGACAUCGAAAUAUAUAUUACUAAUUAGAUGUGUAGUAGCGUUAGAAGUCACUUGCAACGAUAGCAAAAGUAAAACAAAAU